AUGGGAAAGCAUGCGCUGCUGCUGCUUAAUGUGGCCAGGGUUAAUGAUCCACCAGUUAGAAAUUCACAGGAAACUUUCAUGAUGGAAAUGCGUGCAGCUAGAAUGGUUCAGGCAGCUGACUCAUUACUUAAGUUGGUGUCGGAGUUGAAACAGACAGCAAUCUUUUCUGGUUUUGCAUCCCUCAACGACCAUGUAGACCAAAGAAUAGAUGAAUUUAACCAACAGGCGGAGAAAACAGAUCACAUGUUGGCUAGAAUUGGAGAGGAGGCAGCUGCUAGCCUGAAGGAGCUUGAGUCGCAUUACUAUUCCUCUGCACAGAGGAGAAGCCAACUCACACAGCUAUGAAGAAGGGCAGUGUAUUUCUUGCUUCACUUAUUCUCGAAGUCAAUUUCUAUUGUGGAAGGAUUCAAAGUUUCUAAUCACCGUUCUUCAUCAAGCAACAAGAAUCCUGUGUUUCUUUUUGUGCUGCUGUGUCUCUCUUUCUGCGUAGAGAGAGAGAUGCAUGCCGAGAGGAAGAAGAGGUGCCGAGAGGGACUUUGAAGGAAGGACGAGGUAGAUCCCGUGCUUGUGAUCGACGGGGAAGG